UCUGUUUUUUUUUCUUAAAAAAAAGUGUAAGCAAGACCGUUGUUGUGUUGUAUGUUGACUAAUUUUUCACUAAUAUUUUUAUAUUUGAGUAUUUGCACUAAAUUAUUCGUGGUUUCUGAUAUCUCAAUUAUGAAAUAUAGUAACGACCAUUCGAGCUAACGGUGCCUACCAUUAUACAAAGGAAAUACACUCUUCUCCUACGCCAUGUUUUUUGACGAAGAAGACGAGAGAAAUUUCAACCCUGAACUAUUUCGAGCUGUUCAUCGCGAAUUUUAUGCAAUAAGUUCUGAUUUGGAAGUCGCCCGAUAUGGAUUGAGGAGUGUACCCACCCACACGGAAGAUGGGAUACCUAUCAGGAAGUUAUACGUAUCAAAUCUACCUCCGAAAACUACAAGAACAGAGUUGUUUGGGGUGUUUGCUCAGUAUGGGUUCAUCAAGAGCUGCUGGCUGAGAAUGGGGGAGAAGGGGCCCAACAAGACUCUGGCUCCGACUUAUGCCUUUGUUACAUUUAGCAAUCCCGCCGAUGCCCAUAAAGCACUCCUAGCCCCAAACCAUGAGAAGGCUCUCCGAGGCCGAACCCUGAGGAUCUCCCCGGCUGACAGCUGGCACCAGCCCGCCGAGGAUGCCAACGGCCGAGUGCACUGGAAGCCACGAGGACACAAUGAGAGUGAAGCUGAAGGGGCCACUGAAAAUGUCGAGGGACAGGAAGGUGCCGUAGCAGAGGCAUCCAUGGAGGAGGGUGAGGCGACCACCUCUCAAGAAGGAACCAAUAUGGAGGCUAUGUCAGAAGACAGUGCAGCCGAGCACCCGGGCUACAGCAUCCUCGAGAUACUCAACCGGGAUUGCCUGGCGCACGUGCUGUCUUACGUUCCCGUGCGCGACCUCAUCCGCUCCGAGCGGGUCAGCAAGGACUGGCAGAGUAUGGUGCAUGAGUAUUUGCAGGGCAUCCGCGUGUUCAAGACCUCGUGGUGGCAGCACGGCACGGUGACCCUCACCACGGCGGUGCUGCGGCGAGUGCUCCAGCGCCUUGGAGCCGCACUGACCCGCCUGCAUAUUGAUCAUCAUUGGUCGGCGCUGAAUGACCGAACUGCGCACACGGUGGGGAAGUUCUGUCCCAAUCUGGAGGAGCUAAAGGUAGUUGGAAUGUACACAAGGAAUUGGAACCCUCUUACUUACGGAUGCAAACAGUUGAAAAACCUAUCGUUCAUAUCCUGCAAUAAGCUAACAGACUCAAGCCUUGUGAACUUGGUGAAGCAAGAAUCAUGCAUCGAAAGCCUCACAGUGGCCAACAACACCCACGUCACGGGGCUCUUCCUCACCGGAGCCAACCCGACCAAACUACACUCCCUCGCCUUCUACAACUGCUUCAGUCUGCAAGGAACCGUCCUCUGUGCAGCCAUCGAGACCCUCCCAGUACUUACCACCUUAAAACUAGACGUUGGAGCGACCAGCUUGUGGAAAAUCGUCCCGCUAAUACUGAAUAAACUACCAAAGCUAGAAGAGCUAUCGUUGAGUGAAUACUCGUCGGUGGAAGACAGCAGUGCAAUAGUGCCUCAAGGAACUGAGUCGCUAUGUGAAGCGUUUUCGAAAUUAACCGAGUUGAAGACAUUGAAUUUGAGCAGGAAUAUCUACAUUUCCAAUGCUGUGCUGAAGCAAGUGGCUCAGUCGUGUCCGAAGUUGGAGACGCUGAAUGUUUCCAGCUGUAACUCACGCAAGAACUUUCCACAUGCAGGCGUCGGCGACGAAGGCCUAGCAGCCAUCUGCAAAUCCUGCACACUGCUCCGAACUCUAGACAUGUCAUACCUGGCGGGCGCGACGGACGCGGGCGCGGGCGCGGCGGCGGGGUGCCCCACGCUCGCGUCGCUCACCGCGCGCGGGAACAGCGCGCUCACCGCCGCGCCCUUCGCCAGGUGCCUGGAGAACUGCCACUACUUGGAGGAGCUAGACCUGUGCGGCUGCGACUCAGUCUCCGAGGAGGUGGCGGCGGCGGCGGCGCGCGCGCUCGCGAUAACCCCGCGCCCGCUCGUACUGCGCCUUGCUGCUACCCUGGCUGCUACUACCGACUUUAUGAUUAGCCAGGAUUUCCCCUCGCACAAACUUUUAUCAGUGAACGUGUCGGACGACCGCUGCAACCCGCACCUGCGCCCUGACUUCGUGGACCGCAUCUUCGAGGACAGCUCCGACGGCUCGCUGGACGACGUGUAUGAACAUGACCACUUCGAUGACUUCCUCAACUCGGAUGAUGACUUAUUUCUGGAGGACGAACUAGAGGAGUAUGACGACGAAGUAUUAUACCAGAUAGAGUGGGGAGUGCGCGCGCAGCACAUCGUGCUGUUAUAAUGUACUCACUCUACGCCCGAGCUCGCUGCUUCCUUUACACUAUAACCGAAAAAAUAUUGCAUGUAAUCACUCCAUCUAAGGUGACUAUAGUGCGUCCGGAGAUACGACGCGUGGGUUGUCAGCAGGCAUAAAGGAUGCUAGUGGAUCUAUGAGAGGAACUGACUCAAUAAACAAACCUAAUUAGCACGUGGUUUAAUGUACUGUGCCCGCCACGAUCAGACGCUGUAAAAAUACUUUUUUUUGGCACGAAUUGAAUCUGGCAAUAUUAACAGUUCCCAAAAUUUGCUGGAUAACCGUCUGGCCAAUAUACUUACACUGUCAUAUUGCGUGUAAACUCAUAGGUACAUACGCUACUCCUUUCAAAACAUGAACCCAGUAUCUUAUCAAUAUCCAAGCAGCACGAGGAAUUAACUCGUGGACGCACUAUAGUGAUGAAUUUCCUCCAUCGCUCGCUUACGAUUCGCUGGUCGGAUGCUCAGCACAGGUACUUAACUAGACAAGGAAGUAGCUCCUAUAUUCAUCCUCAGAAGGGCUAGUACGGGGCGCAUUUAAGACGUGACAAGUUCUCUGUCGCACUCGCUCUUGAGGCUGCGCGAUGUGAGUGAGCGCGAUGCAAAGCUUAUGUCACGUCAUAAAUGCGCCCCGUGCUACUAGCCCAGAUCCCCCUUAUUAAGCUCUAGUCUCACGGACUACACGUAUAUUCAUAAGUCUAGUGCAAAAUCAAAUACUUGCAAUGCAUGCUACGGGACUUAGUUUUUAUUUCAUUUUUUUUGUUGUGAUUAAUUUGUUUUUAGCGUUUUAUGUUCUUACUUAUAACAAUCACGUUAAUUUGUGUAUCUAGUGAGUUUUUUUUUCGUUCUUUCUGUUGUUAUUGUUGUUUGCAUGCGUCGUGGGAGGAUAAUUAAGGCGAAGCAAGCCGUAACAAUUUUGGCAAGAUUGUAUUGUCGUUCAUUCCAUAUUUUUUCUAAUCGCACAUUAAUUGUAUAUCGGUGUUGUGUUCUAGCUAACGUGUGAUUAAUCGUUCUCGUCAUAUCGGUGGCCGCUGCCUGCGGGUAAUGUCAAUAUUAAGUACAGCAAUAACGGCAGUCGGAAUGAUUUGUGAUAUAAACUGAAAAACUUAAGUCUUACUUACCCACAUAUUGCCAUUUGUGAAAUUUUGCCUUCGACGUUAUGUUACCUAUCAUCUCAUUUUACUUUCUAACAUUAGUUAUUAUUGGUUGAUUUAUUUAUUGUUUUAUUGUAUAUACUGCUGAGUUGUUUCAUUCAGCCAAGGAUAGAGUCCGAACAUGAAGACAAAAUUUCAAUGGCCGGAACUGAAAAUUGUUAACAGAUUUAUUGUAGGAUAAUAGAAAUAACUUUUUAGAUCAGUUUUUUGUUUACAAUGAUCAACACAGCGCUUCCUGUCGUGUCAGCCGACAUUGGAAUUAUUCAAUGCCGCUGGCCAUAUUACUGCCUCAUAUUGUGCCUUAAGCCAUGGUGUUACAGUCCAUUUUACACUUUGUUAAGCAAUACCUAAUCAUGGUGGUGUAUUGCUGGUUUUCAUGAUAACCCCAUAUGUUUAUGCAUUGCAAGCACUUGUGUAAAGUGGCAUUAUCUUUUUUAUCUUAGAGAUGGUUGUCACAAUUUUAUGAUAAUGUAACAUUUGAAAAGUUUUAAAAGACGACUAAAGUUACUUUAUUUUAAAGUUACUGCAACACCUUCAUGAUAAGAAAAUGCAAUAAUAGAAACUUCUGUACCAAUAAAUAUUUUAAUAGUAGGUACUUACAUAGUUCUUUGUAAGGUGAAAUUGAAUGCGAAUUGAAUGUGGAUCCAAACUUAAAACUAUAAUUGUAGAUUUUUUUAUGCCCAAACUGCCACAUUUUGUAAAACAGUACAAAGCUAAGGUCUGGAAUGCUGACCAUGGUCAGGUCAACAUGGAUGACUAAAAUUCAAAGGUGUGACAAUUUAGCUAUAAAAAUUCGAGCAUAGAUGCAGAACUUGGAAUACCAUAAGGCAUUUUUGCUACCACCCCAGCAUUGAAGAACAAAGUUAGAAUGUGACCUGGCCUUUACCAAAAAUAGAUUCGAAUAUAAAUUAUUUUUACAUUCAAAGUCGAACAUCUAAUAACAGAUCAAGAUAACAGCCAAGAGCAAAGCGUCUGCGCCUUGUAAUCCAUGAAUGGAUUGAUGCUUUUUAACUUAAUAUUAAUGAUUUUGAAUAUUUUUUUCGUUUGAUUAGCUCAUUAUAAAGCUGUAAUCUUGUAUAGUACUAUCUUUUUAUGUAGGUUUCAUGAAUUGUAAUCAGUGUGCAGUAAUUUUUAUUUUCUUUUACAGAAGUAUAAUUUAGUUUUAUCACACCUUUUUCUAAUAUACAAUCAGUAAUUCUAUUUAUUUUUGUAGAAACAUAUUUAAUUUAAUUUAAUUUUGCUCUGUUAAAAGGUAGGUACAUACUUUUAGUUCAUGCAUAAUAACUUGUUUUAUAAAUAUUAAAGUUGUGGCAAAACAUUUUUUUUUCUUUAUAGAAAAUGAUUUCAGUUCUGAAUUACACUAUAGAUUGUUUUAAAGUUUGAAUUAUUGAAAUAAAUAAGAUUUUUCAUAGUUUUUGUUAUUUUUCUUUUGAGGUGUAAAGUGAUUUAUGUAUACAUUCAAUAUCACGAUUAACCAAAUUUUAGAAGUUGUAAUUUGCGUUUUUAGAUUGAUUUUUAGAGGAUACCUACAGAAAUACAAAGCGGAUUUGUUUGUAAAUGUUAUUAGUUUUUAUAUGACUAAUUAUUUUAAAACAUUAUUAGUAAGAAAUGAAAUAUAAACAUACUCUUCAACAAU